AAUGUCAGUGCUGGACUGUGGGCCGGGGGGGAAGGUGGUUGGCAGUCUCUCGAGCACCUCAGCCGCUGCUUCCUCCGCUUGUGCCGCCGCCGCGGGCGCCUGGCCGCUCGGCCGCUUGGGCAUGAGACCGUGAGGCAAGCGACUGGCCGGGGCCGCCGACAUGUUUGGCCGCUCGCGGAGCUGGGUGGGCGGGGGCCAUGGCAAGUCUUCCCGCAAUAUCCACUCCUUGGACCACCUCAAAUAUCUGUACCACGUUUUGACCAAAAACACCACCGUCACAGAACAGAACAGGAACCUGCUGGUGGAGACCAUCCGAUCCAUCACCGAGAUUCUGAUCUGGGGGGAUCAGAAUGACAGCUCUGUAUUUGACUUCUUCCUGGAGAAGAACAUGUUCGUCUUCUUCUUGAACAUCCUGCGGCAGAAGUCAGGCCGCUACGUGUGCGUUCAGCUGCUGCAGACCUUGAACAUCCUCUUCGAGAAUAUCAGUCACGAGACCUCACUUUAUUAUUUGCUGUCUAAUAACUAUGUAAAUUCUAUCAUUGUCCAUAAGUUUGACUUUUCUGAUGAGGAGAUUAUGGCAUAUUAUAUAUCGUUCCUGAAAACGCUUUCGUUAAAACUCAACAACCACACGGUCCAUUUCUUUUACAAUGAGCACACUAAUGACUUCGCCCUGUACACAGAAGCCAUCAAAUUUUUCAAUCACCCCGAAAGUAUGGUUAGAAUUGCUGUAAGAACCAUAACUUUAAACGUCUACAAAGUGGAUAACCAGGCCAUGCUGCACUAUAUCAGAGAUAAAACUGCUGUCCCUUACUUCUCCAAUUUGGUCUGGUUCAUCGGGAGCCAUGUGAUCGAACUUGACAACUGUGUGCAGACGGAUGAGGAGCAUCGGAAUCGGGGGAAGCUGAGUGACCUGGUGGCUGAGCAUCUGGACCACCUGCACUAUCUCAAUGACAUCCUGAUCAUUAACUGCGAGUUCCUCAACGACGUGCUCACAGACCACCUGCUCAACAGGCUCUUCCUGCCGCUCUACGUGUACUCGCUGGAGAACCAGGACAAGGGAGGAGAACGACCGAAAAUCAGCCUGCCGGUUUCUCUCUACCUUCUGUCCCAGGUCUUCCUAAUUAUACAUCACGCACCCCUGGUGAACUCAUUAGCUGAAGUCAUUCUGAACGGCGAUCUGUCUGAGACGUACACUAAGCCCGAACAGGAUGUUCAGAGAAGCUGUGCCAAGCCCAGCAUUCGGUGCUUCAUUAAACCCACCGAGACGCUAGAGCGGUCCCUUGAGAUGAACAAGCACAAGGGCAAGAGGCGGGUGCAAAAGAGACCCAACUACAAAAACGUUGGGGAGGAAGAAGAUGAGGAGAAAGGGCCCGCCGAGGACGCCCAAGAAGACGCCGAGAAGGCUAAAGGUACAGAGGGUGGUUCAAAAGGCACCAAGACGAGUGGGGAGAGUGAAGAGAUAGAGAUGGUAAUCAUGGAGCGCAGCAAGCUCCCGGAGCUGGCGCCCAGCACCUCGGUGCAGGAGCAGAACACCACGGACGAGGAGAAGAGCGCCGCCACUGGCCUGGACAGCGUCCAGUGGAGCAGACCCUUCCUGGAUAUGGUGUACCAUGCCCUAGACAGCCCAGAUGACGAUUACCACGCGCUCUUCGUGCUCUGCCUCUUGUACGCGAUGUCUCAUAACAAAGGCAUGGAUCCUGAGAAACUCGAGCGGAUCCAGCUGCCGGUGCCCACUGCGGCCGAGAAGACGACCUACAACCACCUACUGGCUGAAAGACUCAUCAGGAUCAUGAACAACGCAGCCCAGCCAGAUGGCAAGAUCCGGUUGGCGACGCUGGAGCUGAGCUGCCUGCUCCUAAAGCAGCAAGUCGUGACCAGCACGGGCUGUAUCAUAAAGGACGUACACCUGGCCUGCCUGGAGGGAGCCCGAGAAGAAAGUGUCCACCUGGUGCGGCAUUUCUAUAAGGGAGAAGAAAUCUUUUUGGACAUGUUUGAAGAUGAGUACAGGAGCAUGACGAUGAAGCCCAUGAAUGUGGAAUAUCUCAUGAUGGACGCCUCCAUCCUGCUGCCCCCCACGGGCACGCCGCUGACGGGCAUUGACUUUGUGAAGCGGCUGCCGUGUGGUGACGUGGAGAGGACCCGGCGGGCCAUCCGGGUGUUCUUCAUGCUCCGUUCCCUGUCACUGCAACUGCGAGGGCAGCCCGAGACCCAGCUGCCGCUGACGCGGGAGGAAGACCUGAUCAAAACGGAUGACGUCCUUGAUCUGAACAACAGCGACCUGAUCGCGUGCACGGUGAUCACCAAGGAUGGCAGCAUGCUCCAGCGGUUCCUGGCUGUCGACAUUUACCAGAUGAGUUUGGUGGAGCCUGACGUGUCCAGGCUGGGCUGGGGAGUGGUCAAGUUCGCAGGCCUUCUGCAGGACAUGCAGGUGACUGGCGUGGAGGACGACAGCCGCGCCCUGAAUAUCACCAUCCACAAGCCUGCAUCCAGCCCCCAUUCCAAGCCCUUCCCCAUCCUGCAGGCCACCUUCGUCUUCUCGGACCACAUCCGCUGCAUCAUCGCCAAGCAGCGCCUGGCCAAGGGCCGCAUCCAGGCGAGACGCAUGAAGAUGCAGAGAAUAGCUGCCCUCCUGGACCUCCCGAUCCAGCCGACAACUGAAGUCCUGGGGUUUGGUCUCAGCUCGUCCUCUACCCAGCACCUGCCUUUCCGCUUCUACGACCAGUGCCGCCGGGGCAGCAGCGACCCCACAGUACAGCGCUCUGUGUUUGCGUCGGUGGACAAGGUGCCAGGCUUCGCCGUGGCCCAGUGCAUGAACCAGCACAGCUCAUCCUCCCUGUCCUCGCCGUCGCCGUCUGCCAGCGGGAGCCCCAGCGGCAGUGGGAGCGCCAGUCACUGCGACUCGGGGGGUGCCCGCUCGUCGUCCAGCCCCUCGGCCGCCCAGAGCCCUGCAGGAGUGGCAGGAAAGGACGCCGGCGAGUGUUCAGCCUGUCGGAGGCCGACAGUCACGGCGGCCACUGGGUUUAGUGCUUCGAUCGGCAGCUGUCACGGCACCUCUGGCACGGUCACUGCAGAUGACCCCAUGACUAUGGAGCAGCCUCAGCCUAACCUUCCCGACCAGUUGGUGAUCAUCAGUGAAACAGAAGCAGAGGCCAGGCCCAGCAAGAGCCUGGCGAGGAGCGCGGAUGUGGAGACAGUCAACCUGUGCCCCAGCCUCAUCCCCGCCCAGCAGCCCACCAUCUCCCUGCUUUGCGAGGACACUGCCGACACGCUGAGCGUGGAGUCACUGACUCUCGUCCCGCCCGUCGACCCCCAUAGCCUCCGCACCCUCACCGGCAUCCCCCCGCCACCCACACCAGCCGCGGUGGGCACAGGGACCCCGGACGAGGGGGCUGCGCAGCCAGAGCCAGCGGGCCCCGCUGAGCACUGAGUUGACCUCCCUUCGUGCGUGCGGCCCCGCUGGCAGGGACCCGGAGCAGCUGACACGACAGACACCUCAGGAGCGUCUGAAGUUCUCCUCGGCCCGGUAACCGCCUCGAACCAUCCUUGCAGUCCUUUGCUCCGUUUGAAUUCCCCUUUUACUUCACACCUCUUUGAGGCAGGCUGGGACCAGUGGCGACACCCCAGCGAACCCAGAUGACUGAGGCAGAGGAGGUUGGGCUGGUGUCAGAGCCCACGGCCCCAGGGCAGCAGGACCCACCGACAACACUCCCUUCAUCAGCCAGCCCCUCCCCAGUCUCGAAGGUCCUCUGCCAGCGUCCCCAGUGAGCACAGAAGAAGCGGACGUGGUCACUUUGUGUAGAAAUUUGUAGAAAAGCAAACUUCGAUAAACAUCUCCUUUGGAUAUUUAUUCCUGCUUCUGGCAGCAGAUGAAAAACCUCUAUUUUAAAAGUUCAAAAAAAAAUCCUCCACCCUGAGGUUUGAUGUCAUGUUAGAAGUGUGAUAUUACUGUCGAGAUUUCAUUUUCAUUUUGCCUUGAACUUCCCAGCGUUUUGGGUUUAGAGAUCUCAGUCUGACUUUCUCCAUUGUCUUAAGGGAUUCCAUUUCUUUAUUACUCACUAACUCUGCAAGCCUAUGGAAUGAUAAAAGUCCCUUCCUGGAAAGGUUAGAGUAUUUUUUAAGCAAAAAUAAGGGAGAGACUCAUAUUCUCAGGUACACACAGAGCUGGGAGGGCCGAAAGUUUCUCUGCCGUGGCAGCCCAGGGGCCUUGCGUUACCCAGAAGAUCUUUCCAUGAAAGGGGGAUAGUGCAGUCAGCUCCCCGCUCAGGACCAUUCCUCGUCUCUCCGGACUGAAACCAAACAGGAUGGUUUUCCGGCAUCACCUUCGGUUGUCCCCAUCUCUCUAUUUGUCUAAGAGAGAACGAUUUGGGACUGCAGACACUCCAGCCCCCGUGGCCGCGAUGGAAAGGAAAGGCCAUGGAAACCGUCCUCUGAGUCCGUCGCCUGCUGCUGAGUGGUGUGGGUGCCUGCAUGCAGGGACAUCCCGAGAGCCAGCCCCCGCCCAGCUGCAAGGACAUGACGUCCGAGCUCACAGGGCCAUCCUAGGAGCUCGGGGUUUGUCCCUCUUCUCUCAGCUGCUGCUGUAAAGAUGCAAGCUCGUUUUUAAAAUGGAAACCCCCAGUUCCUUCUCCAUUUGGGCUGGGUGUGUGCAGGCCAGGUCUCCGCUAUAUCCGAUAAAGCUCCCAAAAUGUUCUUUCUACUCAGCCAGGCAAGGCCAAUCGACCCUCACCUCUCUGGUUGAUGCUCAGACCUUCCAAAACUUGCCUCCACGUGUCCCCCAGGAGUGCCAGCACCGUGGUGUCAGUGUCAGCCGGUCCGGGUUAUCAGGUGGCCUCAGGAAAUGCUCCGCACUCUUACCUCUUAGAGGACCCGCUCCCCGGUACCUCCCCCAAUCUGCUGUCAGGCAGGGCCUGCCCGGGCCAGACUUCAGCCUCCUGAAGGAAACACACUGGUCCCCUGAGGAAGGGGAGUGGCGCCUGCAGGACAGAUCUCUCCAGCCUUAAGAAGCCCUCCGGGCAGGUGAGCCCAGCCAGCACCAACAGGGGAAAGACCCAGCUCAGAAACGCAGCCAUUUAGGCAGAAAUUCCAGGGGCCCUGGCAAGGAGGGACAGGCCAUGACCUUCAGGAGAGUCCCCUGGAAAGGACAGGCAGGGGGAACGGAAAGAGGGAGAAAGUCCAUGUUGUCAGGGACAGGGGCCCCCUGGUUAUUCUGCCAGGAUGCAGCGGCAGGCCAGCCCCAGAGCCACUCACUGCCGGUUUUGAAACAAUUCUGGAGCAGCAGAAAUGAGAGGCCAGUGACCUCCCAGCCGGUGGCAUUAUCGUGAGGAACAAGCCGAGGCACGUGGACCCUGCCCUGGGACCACCAGCCUGCUGUCUGAAAUCCAGUGGCUCCAGGUGGCUUCAAGCUCUACGGGAGGAAAGUCUCGGCCGGGGGACAGCAUGCCCAGGAGGACCCGCAGCAGUAUCACCCAGGCAGGAGAGCUGAACGCAGCCCAGCCUCCAUGGGCUCUUGAAUAGCAGGUGCGAUCAGACCAAGCUUCCGCCCCACGUCUGGCCCAAGGGCAGGCCUCUCCCCGGGUGGGCUCGAGGGGUUGGUUGUGGGCAGCCCACAGCCGGCUGGCAGCCAGGUCUCCACUGUCUUGGCAGCAGUGGCACAGCUAUGUCUUCAGGAGCCCCCAGAAAAUCUAACAGUGGGGGCACCUCCAGAGGGGCCCGUCCAGACAGCAGGUGCUGGGACUCUGGGGCAGAGAGGUAGAGCCAGGAAUCCUUGGCGAGCCCGGGGCAGGGGCCAUGGCCUGUGACACGUGAGUACCAGACUCGGCCUCAGCAGGCCCGUCCAGCCCGCUAUCUCCAUGUCCCCGCAGAGACCCUCCCCAAGUCCACAUCGGGCCCACUGAGUUUGCCAAGUCAGGGGCAGGGCUGGCCACAUGAACCCCCAAACGUCAGCUUUGAAAGUUGCUGGGGAGAAGCACAUGUCCUUUCCAGUUUGGGACCUUGAGCCAGCGAGGACGCCUCUCAGAGUCAGACAGGUACGUGCCCCACCCCGGGAGGCGGGGGGGGGGGGAGGGAUUGUCCUCCUGCCACCAGCAGGCCCUCUGUGCUGCCCCUCCCCCCAUCACGCCUGCCUUGGUUGCUGCUCUCUGCAGAAGGCAGCUGCCACCCAAGCACCUGCACUGCGACCUGGGGGUGGGCGAGGAAACGUACGUCUUAACAGGCAUACACCAAGAUUUCUCUAAGGUCUCAAGAUGCACUGUUCAAAAAGGCACAGGGUGAACCAAUUCUCAUCUUCUUUUCUAGACGCAAUAAAUAAGAAAUAUUUAAUGUAGUCAUGAUGAUAUUGGGCAUAAACUGUAAGGGUUCCUUAAGUUCCUCUGAGUUGAAAAUAUGUAAAUAAUUCUUGUCCCAAGGAGGAGCGGGGCUGGGAAACCUCAUGCUUCUGGGCUACGGGACCGUUCCAGGGAAGUACCUGCUCUCGCCAGCAUGACUCAUGUUUCGUGGGUACUGAACACGAGGGUGGAAAUGAAAACUGGAACUUCCUUGUAAAUCUGAACUUGGCAAUAAAAGAA